AUGAACUUGGAUGAACUCUCAAACUACGCGAUCAACCGGGAGAUACUAGCCAAACAGAAAGGAAAGCAUCACCCUUUUGGAAGCGAGCCGAAUGUUAAUUCGAUUGCGUAUGUGAGACGGGAGGCAGGAGGCGGCGGUAAGAAUAAGGUGUACAGCGCGGGACCAUUGGCAAAGUACAAGCGUACAGACAGUGAAUGCGAUCGAUGUGGCUCAUGGAAACAUGGCAAGGAAUCUCGUGAUUGUUUUGCACGCAAUGCGCGGUGCAACGGUUGUGGUCGCCUUGGCCACUUUGCGAGAAAAUGUCGAGCAUCAAGUCGGAGUGGACCGAUGAAACCUCAGUACAAGAAACGUCCGCAGGAAGCAAAAUCUGUUCGAGACGGGGACCAUCUUAAGGAGGAACUGAUUGGCUAUACUAGAUCAGAUGACUUUCGUGAGGACACAAGCAGUGGUAUCAUUACUUGCGAGAUCGCCUCAAUUUCAGUGGAAUUUUUAAUAGAUUCGGGCGCUGCGAUUAACACGGUUACGGAACAAGUUUGGAGUAAAUUUAUCCAGAACAAAGCUGCGCUUUAUAAAACAAAGUUUAAUUGCGAUAGACACUUGACAGCAUAUGCUACUCAGGAGCCGCUUAAAGUUUUAACGAUCUUUGAAGCGUGGAUAACUGUAAAUGACACUAAGCCGAAAGCGUAUGCCGAAUUCUUCGUUAUCCAGGGCACUCGCAGGUCACUAUUGUGUAAAAGAACAGCUGAAGACCUUAAGGUUUUGAAGGUUGGGCUUGGUGUUCAUAACGUUGAUGUUAUGACAAAAAUUUUCCCGAAAUUUCCCAAUAUUCAGAUCAAGCUGUCAAUCGAUGAGACUGUUCCACCCAAGAAAAUAGCAUAUCUGAGGAUUCCAGCCGCCAUGGAAGAGAGAGUUGAUACGAAAAUUCAACGAAUGUUGGAUAGCGAUGUAAUCGAGCCAGUCGUUGGGCCGUCUGAAUGGAUAUCUCCCAUGGUAGUCGUUCCAAAAGGAAAGGACGACAUACGACUGUGCAUAAAUAUGAAAUAUCCAAACCAGGCAAUUCAACGUGAGCACUAUCCUCUGCCUAUGAUUGACACGCUUUUGAAUAAAUUGAGAGGUUCAAGAAUUUUCUCCAAACUAGAUAUAACAUCAGCGUUCCAUCACAUUGAGUUGCAUCCAGAGUCUCGAGGAAUAACCACUUUCAUGACAAGUAGAGGAUUGAUGAGGUUUAAACGGCUAAUGUUUGGCAUCAACUGUGCGCCGGAGAUCUUCCAGCGUGUUAUGUGCGAAAUGUUGGCUGGUGUAGAAGGGGUUAUUGUGUACAUCAAUGACAUAGUAGUGGCAGGGAAAACUAAAAGAGAACACGAUGCUAGACUGGACGAAGUGCUAUCGAUUCUUCGCGAUAAUAACGCUACACUCAAUAAAGAUAAGUGUAUCAUCGGCGUAGAGCAGCUCGAAAUCCUGGGAUAUAACGUCAGCGUAGCCGGCAUUAGUCCAUUAGAUGAAAAGAUCUCCGCAAUUCGAAAUUUUAGACAACCAAAAACAAAAGAGGAGGUUCGCAGUUUCUUGGGUCUAAUUAACUUUAUUGGACAAUUUAUUCCUCACUUUUCAACCCGAACAGAACCUUUGCGAGAGUUUAUGAGAGGGGAUGUGGAGAAAUUUGGUAAGAACCAAGAAAGAGCAUUUGACGAUCUCCGAAACGGAUUGUCUGGCGCUGUUCGUCGGCUGGGAUUCUACGACCCGAGUGAUAAAACUGAAUUAUACGUCGAUGCUUCAGCGUCUGAAUCCGACAAACCUUUCGAUGAAGAAUCUGAACACUAUCUUUGUGCUAUUGAGGACUCAUUAGCGGCAAUUACUCUCGAUGAAAUUCGGACCGAAACAGCCAACGAUGAAAGUUUAAGUGCAGUCGUUGAAGCAAUCCAUAGCCAGAUCUGGCCUCCUAUUCUCUAUCAUUACCAAUCCUUUUCGAAGGAACUAGGAGUAAUUAAUGGUAUCAUUGUUCGAGAUGACCGAAUUGUACUGCCCUCUAAAUUACGGUCUAGAGCGUUGGAUAUCGCACAUCGAGGACACCCGGGAGUAGUGGGCAUGCGACGAAAUCUUCGUGAGAAAGUAUGGUGGCCUUACAUGGACCGCGACGUUGGCGAUCGAAUCCAGGAAUGCGGUUGA